AUGGUUUUCUAGAAGAGAAGGGUUUAAUGGCAUUUCGUUGCUGUAAUCCAGAAACUGUUUACAGAAUGCUGGCCUUUAAAGGCAGGCACCGGCUGCUUAAUGGCAGCUUGUUUUCAGCCUCAAUCUCAAACAAUAACAAUGGAGGUCUGUUUGUGUCAUCACAAAUUCUACAUCUUUCUCCUUUUUCAUCUUCCAACAAUCAAGAUUCUGGUGUAGCAAAAGCCGAAUUCUUAGUGGAUUUCUUGAUUGUUUCAGUUGGGUUUACAAAGGAAGCAGCCAUCUCUAUUUCCAGAAAGGUACCUCUUCGCAGAUUCACUAAAAGUCCUCAAUUAGUUAUUAAUAUAUUCAAAGAUUGUGGUUUAAACAAUACCCAUAUCAAACAAAUCAUUUCUUGUGUUCCAAAGAUUUUAAAUUGUAGACCUCACCAAACUUUAGAACCCAAGUUUAGGGCUUUUCGAGAUUAUGGGUUUUCGGGAAGUGAUAUAGUUGAGUUAAUAAAGGGGAAUCCGAGUGUUCUCAGGUUCGGGUUGAGUACACGAAUCGUUCCUGUUGUUGAAUUCGUUAGAAGAUUUGUAGGAAGUAAUGAAGAACUCAUUCAAGCUAUAAAUAAAUCAAAAAGGUUGUUUAUGAUUUUAGGACCGGCUCAAUUACAGAACGUAUUAGCCAAUGUGUCGAGUAUGCAGGUUCGAGGGUUAUCUAAUAAGCAAAUUGUAUAUUUCAUUACCAAAUUCCCUCAAGGUGCCCAAUUGUAUCCAUCACAUUUUAAGAGUCGAUUGGUUUGGAUUGUACAAGAACUAGGAAUCCCUGACAACUCCCCGAUGUUCAUUUAUGCCUUGCACGCAACUAUUGGAAGUAAAGAAUCGACUUUAGUGAAGAAGAUUGAUAUUCUUAGGAGCUAUAAAUGGUCUGAAGAUGAAAUAGCUACGUUUGUGGCGUCUCAUCCUAAAUAUUUUUCCUACUCUGAAGAUAAAAUUCAUCAAGGGUUGAACUUUUUCAUGAAGGAACUCGGGUAUGCACCAGCUCACUUGGCGGCCUAUAAUUAUCUGUUGGGUUUGAGUUUGCAAAAAAGGGUGAAACCGAGAUAUAAAGUUCUAGAAAUCUUGAAAGAACAUAAGCUAGUUGAUAGGAAACCAUCUCUUGCUUCACUUACAGUAUAUCCAGAACCCAAAUUUCUGAAGUUUUUGAAACGCUUUGAGGAUGAGUUGCCUGGUUUGGUUAAAACUUACACCAAUAGCAUCAGGAAGACACAAAGCGAAAAGGAUGUUUGACAAGUGAAUUCGUCAGGGCAUGAUGCGAUUUUAGGUAGACCAACAGUACUUUUCCUAUUUAGCUGGUAAAUUACAUCAAUUAGUACCCGAUUGACUCUUAAAAUUGAGACAAAGAACGUUGUAUUUCCAGCUGCAAAUGGCCGGGCUGCUUGUUCUUUGCAAAGGUGAGGUCUGUGUUGUUUUGCUUAAUCUUGGUUUAACUUUUCAAAGAGCUGUUUAGAACUAAGUGUUGGCACACCAACGCAAUCUUUGUCUAAUGCAUUUAUUUUUAUAUUUAACAUCACCAUGUUAUAUUUUUCAGCACAUCUGUUUGAUGAAUUGUAUUA